UUUCUUGUCCGAACGGCGGUAUAUGAUUGGCUGCUGCAAAGCGUUUCUCUCUUUCCUCCUUCUCUGCCGCAGGAGUUGUAGCCAAGAUGAAUGAUACAGUGACCAUCCGAACGAGGAAGUUUAUGACAAACAGACUGCUUCAGCGUAAGCAGAUGGUGAUUGAUGUCCUUCAUCCUGGGAAAGCCACAGUCCCCAAAACUGAGAUCCGUGACAAGCUGGCCAAAAUGUACAAGACAACCCCCGACGUCAUUUUUGUCUUUGGCUUCAGGACUCAUUUUGGCGGUGGGAAGACAACUGGCUUCGGCAUGAUCUACGAUUCCCUAGACUACGCCAAGAAGAACGAGCCAAAGCACAGACUGGCCAGGCAUGGCCUGUAUGAAAAGAAAAAGACUUCUAGAAAACAGCGUAAAGAGCGUAAGAACAGGAUGAAGAAAGUCAGGGGCACAGCCAAAGCAAACGUCGGGGCUGGCAAGAAGAAAUGAAGUGUCUAGCAGGUACAGAGAAUAAGCAUGGAUGUGAUUGCAUGAAUAAUGCAACACUUGUUUUGACCUUUCCAACGCUCUCUCGCUUUGUCUGUGUGCUUUUGCUUUGAAGCUGGUUUUCCUGGCCCCUCGUGUUCCUUUAGUUUUGAAAUAGAGCAUUAGUGUGGUGGCGGAAGUCUUGGUGAGAGAAGCGUUAAACCUGGGCCAGAUUUCCAAAAUGGCCAGCGCCUGUUUCUGCACAGCCUUCCUGAAAAGUGUGGCUUAAAGCUUCAUUUUUUAAGACUAACUCAGGAGCACAUUCUGUAUAUAAAAUGCUGCUAGGAGGACCAAUCUGAUACCUUAAAGCCAUGUUAAAAGAUAAGCGCAGUGGAAGCUAACAUCUGCCUUUAUGUUCUCUUACGAAGAGGGUCACAGAUUUUCUAUUUAAAUAUAGCUGGCAGGCUACACCCAACACGCAUUCACAUUUGCUUUGUUAUGCCUGUCUGACAAGCACACUCUGUACCUUUGGCAAUAUACAAUGUGCUUAGUUAGUUGAGCUUGCAACUGUUUGUCUGUUCACCUUCCCUCUCCGCUCCUGGUUAUCCUGGAUAAAGAGCACUUUAUCCAAAUAACUCCUGCAGGGGGGAGUCUGUGCUGAUAUAUCUAGCCCAUGCUAGUAAUAUGCAAUAAUACAUUUAAAUACACAGAUACAGUAUGAACCUGAUUUCUUAUUAAUGGUUAGAAAUGAUACUGUGUUAGAAACAGGAGUAUAUUGAAAUAUUCAGUGAAGAUAGCUUCUGCCAAGCUAUCUAUAGCCUUUAAGAGUAGGCCUUGAUAAAUUUUCUUUGGCUCCAUGAGUCAGCCUCUUUUUUCAGACUUCAUGAUUUGGUGUUUUGACCAGACUUUUUUAUUAUUGCUGGUACAAAACCACAUCCUAACCUCUUCACAGCUUCAUCUCCACCAAUCCCACUUAUUACAGCCCCUGUUAAACACGACAUUUGUCUGCCCAGGUUUCAUGAUCCCAAACUUAGCCUUUUUAGAUGCUCAGGGGGGGAAGGGGGACUCCUUUCCCUUUUCACCAGUGGAAAAGCCGGUUGUAUCCAACCCUUAGUUGUGUUGCUGAGGGAUGCUACGAUAAAAUAAUGACUGAAACUACUAGGUGCUGCAAUGGAAUUUCUAGGCACCAUGGCAACCUGGUGCCUGGGAUUUCUCAAAUCCAGUUUUAGAGUGUUGUCAGGUGGUUAGUAUCAUCACUACCCUCUGCUUCAUGUACUCAGUAUUAAGAAGAAUGUUUGUUUCACGUAUAGCAGUGGGGAAAGUGGGACCAACUCUUUGUGGCCCUGCUGACAUAGCAGUAAAGACUGACCACUUCAUCAGUUUCUUUGCUUCAGACCUUAGCAACAAGAUUAUCCUGUAAUUUCAGGAGAGAUUAAUAUGCUGUAAAUCAAAAAUAAUGGAGGGUCAGAUCACAGAAGAUUCAAUUCCAUAUAUUUCACUGAGCACAUAGUAUUUGAACGUUCCUCUAGUAGGUCUUGGUACAGCACUUGGGUGCUGUUGAAGUGCUUACUCAGUAAGUGGCUGUACAGGAGGCUAACACAUUUUUAAUGUAAUUCCAGAUGGGUGACCAUGUUAGUCUAUAACAGUAAAAUAAAACUAGAGUCCAGUGGCACCUUUAAAGGGUAAUUCAGUUGAUUCCAGCAUAAGCUUUUGUGUCUAAUUUAUAAGAGUCAUCCUCCUUGAUAGUUUUGAAUUGCAAACCAACUCCUGCUGAACCCUGACCACUUGCUUAUCAAAAUCAUGGUGCAAGCAGCUGUCACACACUUGCAAAGAGCUGAACGUGGCCGCUACUGAGAGUUUGCCAUUGGAAGUUAAGAUUCGGGGUCUGAUGCUCAUGGUAUCUAGGGCAGCUAAAAAAAACGCAACCCUUUGGAUUUAGUCUUUGCAAUAGGUGAAAAUCUACUAGAGUAAGAAGCAUACAUGCUAUUUGGAGGUCCUGGGUUUGUAUGAUAAAUGACGCGGUGUGUGCUACAGGUUUCCUGACAGUUGUUUCCUUUCCUUUCCUUUCAGUGAGCCAUCCGGUGGAUUUCACAG